AUGUCCACCCCCGACGUCGUGACCGGCAGCUGCCUCUGCCAGAAAGUCCGCUACAAAGUGACCGGCUGCCCCAGAACAACCAUCAUCUGCCACUGUGACAGCUGUCGCAAAAGCACAGGGUCAGCCUUCAUGGCAAACGGCUUCUACCUGAAAAACCAACUACAGGUUCUCGCAGGAGAAGAUGCCCUGAGAGUUUACCACGACAAGAGCACGGGAUCGGGGAAACCGCUGUCGAGGUCAUUCUGCUCGAACUGUGGUUCGCCCUUGUUUAUCAGCAGCGAGUCCAUAGACCCUACUGCGGUGACCGUCACCUCGGGGACCAUGGAUCUAGGGCCUGCGAAGAGCGAGUGGGAGCCCAAGAUGGAGGUCUUCUGUGCGAGGCGGAGAGAGUGGCUUGUACCUGUAGAGGGGACAGAGAAGCAUGAUGCUUUGAUGUAG